AUGAAAAUAGAACUAACCUCAAGAGACAAAAGAUAUAAGUUUUAUACUGAAAUUAAUAAUAUAUUAACAGUUAAUGAUAUUAAAGAAUAUCUUAGUAAUAGUUUGGAUGUAAAAAAGCAGAAUAUAUUUGUUUACAAUAACGAUUUUCUUUUAGAAGAGACUGUAGAUCUUUCACGUUUUAGUUCUUUGAACUUGACUUUUGAUAUUGACAUAAAAAAUUAUGGAGUUAUAGAUGAUGAUGUUAUUGUAGAAGAUAUUGAUACUACAAAGAAUACAAAAGAUAGAAUAAAUUUUGUGAGUCAAAACAAAAAAGGUAACACUACAAGAAUUAAAUUUCCAGGAACCAAUAAUGUAAUUACUGUAGAUUCCAAUAGAUUAGUUACAGUGGGAGAGAAAACUUAUCUUCUAAGAAAUAAUACAAAAAUGUUUGAUUAUAAAAAGAUUAUAAAGUAUAUUUUAAGUAUUAAAAUUACCAAAGAUGAUCUUUUUAAGGUACUUGCCUUUGGUGUUUUAAUAUUUACAAAUAACGUUGAAAUACUGUACAUCCUUAGUGUAAUAUUCUUCAUGCAACUUUUAAGUAAAACAUUUAUUAAACAUAAUAGCAAAUAUUCCGAAUCAUUGGGCUUAUUUAAUAGGACAAUAAUGAUGUAUAUUGUUUCCAUGUUUAUGAUAGAUCAUAGUAGAUUUUAA